GGAGCCAGGAGGUGAAGAGGGUGGGUGGGAGACACCGCAAGGAAGAGAAUGAAGCCGACCAGAAAAAGCCUGAAUCAGGACAGAUCUGCCAGCAGUUCCACCAUGUCAGACAGUGACAUUGGGGAAGAGGAUGGAAUCGUAUCUCUGGAUCUGUCACAGGCUAGUAAGAGGAAGCGAAGGGGCAAUCUUCCAAAGGAGUCGGUGAAGAUUCUCCGGGAUUGGCUGUAUGAGCACAGAUUCAACGCAUAUCCAUCUGAGCAAGAGAAACUCAGUCUCUCAGGACAAACAAACCUUUCCGUUCUCCAGAUCUGCAAUUGGUUCAUCAAUGCCAGGCGCAGGCUUCUUCCUGACAUGCUGCGGAAGGACGGCAAGGACCCCAACCAGUUCACCAUCUCCCGUCGAGGCGCCAAAGCCAGCGAUGUAGCGCUGCCCCGUGGCGCUGUCACCAGCUCUGGCUUGUUGAUGGUGCCUCCUGCCACUGCGGCCACUGCUGCCUCCAAGGUGCUGUCCAUGUCGGUGUGCCCCUCCAUGAUCUGCCGCGCUGCACAGCCUCUGGCCAGCAGCUUGACUGUUGUGACGAGUGAGCAGGAGAAGCAGUCUGCAUUCCAGCGGGUUGAGCUGGAUUCUCACCCCAAGCAGCCGCAGCUGAGUGCAGCUGGCAACACCUUGGCCCUUCUGACCAGGGCAGAUGCAGCCAGUCCCACCAAUGGACUCUUCAACACGCCCCCUCCGACGCCGCCAGAGCUCUUUGGAGAGGACUUCAGUAGCUUCCAGCUGCUGGUGGAAGUGGCCUUGCAGAAAGCAGCUGAGCUCGACUCGGAGAGGUUGAACGGGCAGCUCCCCCCCUUGCUGCAGAGGGAGUCUCCCUCUGCUGUCCUCUCUGGAAAGGCCAAGUAGCCCACUCCAGCCUAGUUCCUCAUUGGAGGGUCUCCUUUCUUCUUCCAGGUUCUUUUUUGGGGGGUUGGCCUCUGCAGCGAGGGGCCGCCUACCAGAUGUCAACACUGUGAUACGGCUUCCUCUCACCCCGGAGUAUGGCCAAAGAAGCCUGCCUUGUUUUUGGCGCUGUGCUGCCAACUCACCUCUGAAGCCAGCCACUUGACUUGACCUUACAAAACACUCUUCCCUCCAAAGACAGUGCAGCAUCCUUUGCUUGACAGAAACGCUUUGGGUCCUACGAGUCCCUUCCUCUUGAAGCCGUGUGGAAGACACCAUCUUUGGCCAGGCACACUGGAAUCACGCACAGAAGGUUCUUGAAAGGGCUCAGGCGCUCUGAGAGAACACUGUUGCUGGUUGAUAUGUUUUUACUGGGACUAGUUUUGCUGUGGAGGAAGUACGCAGAGUCCCUCCCCCACUUUCUCCC